CCAGAAAACUGAAAUAUACGAUUUUUGACAUUUUUAUUUGUUUUUAUUUAAUUAUUUUCUUAAAAAAAAAUCGUUCUUUUUCCCUCGCUCACUUUACCUCCUUCCUUUCUCAUUCUUCGCCCUUUCUUUCUUUGCUUGUUCGAUCAAAUUAGGGCUUCUCGAUCGCCGUCUCCGCCUUACUCGUCAUCUCCGGCGCAAUUCCGGUCCAAUUCAGGCACGAUCUGGUUCACGCCAGGAAGCUUACCCGUCCUUCUUCGUUCCCGCCAAAAUUAUUUAGAACCGCUUAGUCGUCAAUGGAUUCCGCUGCCACUUCUUUCUCUUCGAGUACGCCGUCGCCUGUGGAUUACAUCGUCUUACUGAUUCUCCGUCCAAUUGCCGCCAUCUCCUUCGUGUUCGUGUUCAUAGCUCUCGGUUGGUUGUUAGCUUGGAAGCUGGUGCUGGUGCACGUCCCGCUGGUUCAAGAGAUUUUCGGCCUUCGUAAGAAACCUGCUAAGUUCAAACCGCAGACCCGACGAAUAUCAAGAUACUACAACAGCAUCAACACCCGUAAUUCUUCUGCUCCUGGUUCUGGAUAUCCUCCAGUUCUGGUGCAAUGCUGCCAUUCUUCUUCUAUUGCUAUAAUCAAGCCUAAUUAUUCACGCGUAGCUAUCUCCCAUCUCUGGUCUUCCUUGGAGCCACCAUCUAACCGGAUUCGACUGCUGUGUUCCACUUUUAGUCAGGCCAUGGCUCCUCCGGCGCAGUCCUCGCGUAAUCCUUCUCCAUCACAACCGUCCGGGAAAGGUGAAGUGUCGGAUUUGAGAUCGCAGCUCCGGCAGCUCGCCGGGAGCCGAGCUCCCGGGGUGGACGAUGCGAAGCGGGAGCUCUUCAAGAAAGUGAUCUCGUACAUGACGAUCGGGAUCGACGUCUCGUCCCUCUUCGGCGAGAUGGUGAUGUGCUCCGUGACGCCGGACAUCGUGCUGAAGAAAAUGUGUUACCUCUACGUCGGCAAUUACGCCAAGGUCAACCCUGAUCUCGCUCUUCUGACCAUAAAUUUCCUCCAGCGAGAUUGCAAAGACCAGGACCCGAUGAUCAGAGGGCUUGCCUUGAGGAGCUUGAGCUCGUUGCGGGUGGCGAAUCUGGUGGAGUAUCUGGUAGGGCCUUUGGGUUCGGGUUUGAAAGAUAAUAAUGCUUAUGUGAGGACGGUGGCUGUCAUGGGAGCUCUUAAGCUGUAUCAUAUAUCUGCUUCAACUUGCCUUGAUGCUGAUUUCCCUGCAGUUUUGAAGCAUUUGAUGCUCAAUGACUCUGAGUCCCAGGUUGUUGCGAAUUGUUUAUCGGCAUUGCAAGAGAUUUGGAACUCGGAAUCGAGUACUUCUGAGGAAGCAGCAAGGGAGAAAGAAGGUUUAAUCAGCAAGCCCUUCAUAUAUUACCUUUUGAAUAGACUCAGGGAAUUCAAUGAAUGGGGUCAGUGUCUUGUGCUUGAGUUGGUCGCCAAAUAUGUCCCUUCAGAUACCAAUGAGAAUUUCGACAUCAUGAAUCUUCUUGAAGAUAGACUUCAGCAUGCAAAUGGGGCUGUUGUAUUGGCAACCAUCAAAGUGUUUCUUCAGUUGACUUUGUCGAUGGCCGAUGUUCACCAGGAGGUGUAUGAACGUAUUAAAGCCCCUCUGCUCACCCUUGUUAGUUCCGGGAGUCCAGAGCAAUCUUAUGCUGUAUUAAGCCACCUUCACCUCUUGGUGAUGCGUGCUCCGUACCUAUUCACUUCAGAUUAUAAACACUUCUACUGCCAGUACAAUGAGCCUUCGUAUGUCAAGAAAUUGAAGCUUGAAAUGUUGACUGCAGUUGCAAAUGAAAGCAAUACAUAUGAAAUUGUGACUGAAUUAUGUGAGUAUGCUGCAAAUGUUUAUGUUGCUAUUGCUCGAGAAUCAAUUCGUGCUGUUGGGAAAAUUGCUCUGCAGCAGUAUGAUGUGAAUGCUAUCGUCGAUAGGCUUCUUCAGUUUCUGGAGAUGGAAAAGGACUAUGUAACUGCUGAAGCUCUGGUACUUGUCAAAGAUCUGCUAAGAAAAUACCCUCAGUGGAGCCAUGACUGCAUUGCAGUUGUUGGGAACAUAAGCAGCAAAAAUGUGCAGGAGCCCAAGGCAAAAGCAGCUCUUAUAUGGAUGUUGGGUGAAUAUGCACAAGACAUGGAUGAUGCUCCUUAUAUUUUAGAGAGCUUGGCAGAGAAUUGGGAAGAUGAUGCUCCUGAGGUUCGCUUGCACCUUCUCACAGCAAUAAUGAAGUGCUUUUUCAGACGACCACCUGAGACUCAAAAAGCAUUAGGAAUUGCAUUGGCUGCAGGCUUGUCUGAUUUCCAUCAGGAUGUCCAUGAUAGAGCUUUGUUCUACUAUAGACUACUGCAAUAUGACGUAUCAAGUGCAGAGCGUGUAGUGAAUCCUCCGAAGCAAGCUGUCUCAGUCUUUGCUGAUACACAGAGCAAUGAGAUCAAAGAUCGCAUAUUUGAUGAAUUCAACAGUCUAUCUAUCGUGUACCAAAAGCCAUCGUACAUGUUCACAGAUAAGGACCACCGGGGACCAUUCGAGUUCUCAGACGAGAUUGACAAUCUUACAGUUGGGGUUGAAUCUGAACACGUAGUGGCAGCUACCAGUGUCGAUGCAAAUGAAACCAGUGAUCUGCUUCUGAGUACCUCCGAAAAGGAAGAAACGAGAGCAAUGGUCGCUAAUGGCUCUGAUUACACCGCUCCGUUCUACGAUUCAUCUACUCCAGCUCUACCUUCGCAAGGACAAUCCGAGCUGGCAAUUACAGGCCUUUUAGGAACAGCAGAUCCAGGACCACAGGCUUCAACGGCAAUUGAUGAUCUACUGAUGGGUCUAGACCUAACUGCCCCUCCAGCACCUGCUUCUGCACCGCCACCAUUGAAACUAAAUGCCAGAGCUGCCCUAGAUGCAGGAAGCUUCCAGAGAACAUGGCGGGAGCUACCUGUAGCUAUAUCUCAGGAAUGUGAGUUAGGUUCGCAAGGUGCUGCGGCACUGACAUCACCUCAAGCUCUCCUCCAUCACAUGCAGGGCAACUCGAUCCAGUGCAUUGCGUCGGGGGGUCAGUCACCUAACUUCAAGUUUUUCUUCUUUGCACAGAAAGCCUACGAGCCAUCCGUGUUUCUUGUAGAGUGUAAAAUCAAUACCUCAACAACCAAAGCACAACUGAAUAUCAAGGCUGAGGAUCAGAGCACGUCGCACGAAUUCUUAGCUCUUUUCCAAUCAGCUUUGUCCCGGUUUGGUUUGUCCUGAGAUUUUGUUUUCUUACAUGAAUGAACAGGCAAAGGGAUGGAAUUUUUCUUUGUUUUGAGAUGGUUAGAUAUGUAGUUGUAGAUGAAUGUAUAAUGAGGCCAGCACAGAUACAUCUUUGCUGUUUCUAGGGUUAUAUAGCUACCCUAAUCAAUUUUCUCCUGUAAAAUUCCCAUGUUGUUUUCCUUGCUCUUUUUUUAUACUGUACAUGUAUCAGUAACCAGUCGAUAUGAUUUUAUCGCGAUAUUAUGACGAAAUUUUUAACAGUUC